AUGGAUACUACUACAAUUGAAACAACCACUGGUAAUGAAAGUAGUGAUGGUGGUGGCGUUCCUCCACUCGUCAUUGCCAGCCAAGUUGAUAUUAAUGUGACACUAUUUAUCAUGAUGGUGUCAAUGGGAUGUACCAUGACUGUUGGUGAAAUCAAACAAGUAUUCAAACAACCUCGUGGUAUAGCGAUUGGAAUCAUAUGCCAGUUUGGUCUGAUGCCAUUGCUCGGGUUUUCGUUGGCACAUGCUUUCAGUUUAGAGCCUAACGUUGCCAUUGGUACUAUUAUCAUUGCUAGUUGUCCUGGGGGUGUUCUGUCCAAUGCAAUGACGUACUGGACACAGGGAGACACAGUACUAAG